CCGGGGAGGGGGAUGCGGACGGGGGAAGAUGGCGGCCUCGAACAACCCGCGGAAAUUCAGCGAGAAGAUCGCGCUGCACAACCAGAAGCAGGCGGAGGAGACGGCGGCUUUCGAGGAGGUGAUGAAGGACCUGAGCCUGACCCGGGCCCACAGGUUACAAUUACAGAAAACACAGUAUUUGCAAUUGGGACAGAGUCGUGGCCAGUACUAUGGAGGGUCACUGCCGAAUGUGAAUCAGAUUGGGAACAGUGCCAUGGACCUGCCUUUCCAGACUCCUUUUCAGUCAUCUGGACUGGAUACAAGUAGGACAACUCGGCAUCAUGGUCUGGUGGACAGAGUGUAUCGUGACAGAAACCGCCUUGGGUCCCCACACCGGCGUCCGCUGUCUGUGGAUAAACAUGGAAGGCAGGUGGACAGUUGUCCAUAUGGCACUGUGUAUCUGUCGCCUCCAUCGGAUACAAGCUGGAGAAGGACCAAUUCAGAUUCUGCCUUGCAUCAAAGUACAAUGACCCCAACUCAACAAGAGUCCUUUUCAGGAGGGUCACAAGACAUGCAGCAAAAAAGAGUCUUAUUAUUGACUGUCCCUGGAAUGGAGGAAGGCACAUCUGAAACAGACAAAGCCCUCUCUAAACAAGCAUGGGACACUAAAAAGACAGGGUCUUCGAGGCCUAAAUCAUGUGAAGUUCCAGGAAUCAACAUCUUUCCAUCAGCUGACCAGGAAAACACUACAACGCUGAUUCCGGCUGCACAUAACACAGGUGGCUCUCUGCCAGACCUGACAAACAUCCAUUUCCCUUCUCCUCUCCCAACACCACUAGAUCCUGAGGAAUCCACAUUCCCAUCCCUGAGUAGCUCCAAUAGCACCGGAAAUCUUGCAGCCAACUUGACUCACUUGGGCAUCAGCACUGCCAGUCAAGGAAUGACAACGACGCAAGCCUCAUCCCGGCAGCCAGCUGUCAGUCCCCUCUCACUGAAUGCAGACUCCAGACGACCACAGUCCCAGCAGAUGUCUCCUACGCUCUCACCUCUGUCACCAAUUACUCAGGCUGUGGCUAUGGAUGCAUUGUCUUUGGAACAGCAGCUUCCACCAUAUCAGUUUUUUACCCAGACUAGUUCCCAGCAACAGCAACAGACCCAAGUGGCAAGUAGUCUGCCUCAGAAUACCCCUUUAAUGCAGACUUCUGGCUUACAGCGAGGAUCACAGCUUCCCCCCCUCUCAGUCACGGUACCGUCUACCAUCCCACAGUCACCUCCAGGCAGCCAGACCCAACCUUCCAUGGGCAUAGACAUCAACUCGGCUUCACUCCAGCAGUACCGCAGUAAUGCUGGAUCCCCAGCCAACCAGUCUCCCACCUCUCCUGUCUCCAAUCAAGGCUUCUCUCCUGGCAGCUCCCCUCAACAUUCUUCCAUUCUGGGGAGUGUAUUUGGUGACUCCUAUUAUGAUCAGCAGAUGACAGCUAGGCAGGCUAAUGCCCUAUCCCAUCAGCUUGAACAGUUUAAUAUGAUAGAAAACGCCAUUAGUUCCAACAGCCUAUACAGCCCCUGCUCCACCCUUAACUACUCCCAGGCAGCCAUGAUGGGACUUACUGGGAGCCAUGGCAACUUGCAGGACUCUCAACAGCUGAACUACUCCAGCCAUGGAAACAUCCCCAACAUCAUCCUCACAGUGACAGGAGAAUCUCCUCCCAGCUUAUCAAAGGAACUGACCAGCUCUUUGGCAGGUGUCGGAGAUGUCAGCUUUGAUUCAGAUUCCCAAUUCCCUCUGGAUGAACUCAAAAUUGACCCUUUAACCUUGGAUGGACUGCACAUGCUUAAUGACCCAGAUAUGGUCCUCACCGAUCCUGCCACAGAGGACACUUUCAGGAUGGACCGGCUGUAGACUGAGGACACCAUGAGCCUGGGAAUAAAACUAGUUCCUGGAGCCCAGCUGAACUGAAGAGUCCAAUGGGAUAUUACUCAUUUUGGAAACCACCUCAGUGUAUAAUAUGGAAGAGGAAACCCCCCUCAUCGUACAGUUGGUUAAAAUGUACUCUGUGCUUUAAGGAUGAAAGCAUUUAUUACUUUGACAAACGGACCCCCUGUCACUGUGAUGGCAAUGUGAAAGAGCAAUUAGCAUUUAUUAUAUGUAUAUGUUCUCUUUUUAAAAAAGGAAAAACUUUGUAGUGUUCCUGUUGUUUGUAUUUUUAGUUGCUUACUAUUUAUACUGCGCAGUGUAGGCAUGGAUUGCAUGUCAGUUUUCUAUGCGGGCACCAUGAUGACAUUACGAUAACUGUGUAUUAUAAAUCAUUUUUACCUUUUUAAACAGAAUCAUUGUGUGGAAUUUCUAUACUGCAAAACAAAACACUACAUUAAGUACUAUAUUCAUUUGUGUUAUUUAUUUUUUUGUGGGUGGGAGGGGGUGGUUUUAACUGUGGUGUAUAUUGCCUUAUAUGUGGGCUUGACCGACUUUAUCAAAAUAAAGGCAUAAAGGGGUAAAUAUGCUUACUGUUUUAUUCAGUAAUACAAUGUGAGGCUGCCACAGAGGUAGCUGCAGAAAAGUAUAUUGUACAAGCAUAGAAUGAAAGCAAAUAUAUAGUAUAUAAGUCUGUAUAGGACAGGAAAUCCAGCUAUGUAUUAUAGAUUACAAAUAGUACAAAAAGUCCCGUGAGCAAUUAAAAGUUUUUGUAUGGAGAUUAUUAUGCCAAUCAUUUUGUAGUGAGUAUUAUCAAAGCCCAUUCUAACCUGUUCCAGCACACCUAAUGUACAUUCUACAGUUGUUUGAAGAAACUCAAUCCAGUAAAAGUUUUGAUUUGGACACGCCCUAAGAAAUCUAUUCUCCUGCACUCUGUUGGUUGCAGGAACUUGACAAACGGUAUGGUUACCUGCCUUUGCCAGAGGUUGUUGCGUUUUCUGAGUUUGGAGUCUCAAGGAUACAUUGGAGCUGUGCAUUGUGCUGUGGGUUUCUGAAGGCUGCAGACAAGUCAGGCAAUAAGGAUUAUCACAGAACAUAAAAGGUGUAUUUUAAAAGAAGAGAGCAAGAGAACAGGAAGAACUCCUGUUUGAGGCUGUAAUUCAGUUUGCGUGUGGUCUAUAUUCACAAAUUACAGAGCAAAAUAUUAACCAGGGGCUUGUGUAUUUAAAAACUGGACCAGAAAAUUGUCCCUAAUACAAGACUUCUGGUAAUAGUGUUCUUCCUAUGUGGUAGUUUGACCUCUCCCACACCUUUCAGUCUGCAUUCACUCCAUUGUGUACCAAAAGGCACCUAGCAGACGCUACAGGAAAGGUGGUAGGUGUAGUUAGCUUGGCGGAGAUGAAUUACAAGUAACAAAUAUAAGGAGGCACGUUUAAAGCCACAGAAUUUCUCUGUUCUGUCCUCAGCUUUCAAAUGCACCUAGAAUCUAUUGGACUCCAUUGUGUUUCUUUUCCCCUUGAAGUAGCACUGCAAGAAUGUACAAAGCUCUGGGGAGAGUAUACAUGAGCAAGCAGGUAGAGCAGAACCUUGGCUUGAGGGGCCCACGCCAUUGUGGUGUAAUCUAUGAUAAAGGCUGUCAUGUUUUCAGAUUUCUUUGCACUGGUGUAGUGGAUUUUUCUUCUAAUUUUGUGUCCCUCUAAUUUUCAAUACCAAAAAAUUAGUUUGCCUGCAUUUAUUGAUGCUUUCUCGAUGCAAGUAGGGUGAAGAGCCUGCCUACUCGAUGCCUGGGUUCUCCUAGAUGGGCUGGGUAAUACCAGUUCAGAGGUAUGAGUCGCAGGUCCUGCAGCCUAAUAUGGUCAGUGCAAUAAAAUCAUGGAUUGAACAGUUGGUCUAUUUGUUGUGUAAGGCUGAAUUUGCGCUAAAUGUAAUCUGUAAGGGGACUUCAUAGAGCUGGACUAGUUGUGCUGCUCUGGUGGAGCGUAUUUUAGUUGUGAGCACUGGCCAUGUGUCACGAAUUACUAACAUCUGCGUGCUGUAGGUGCCUUUACUCCAGUUACCGUGGAAUAAUUGUGGUUCAUUUAUGGCUUUAUUCUUGUGUUGGAUCGGGAAAGGAAUGUGCCAUUGAAUUAGUACUUGGACCACAGCUACAACAAUAUCUGCAGCAGUGUCUCUUGUCUUGGCUCCAAGAAAGGCACCUAGCAGACGCUACAGGAAAGGUGGUAGGUGUAGUUAGCUUGGCGGAGAUGAAUUACAAGUAACAACUCUCCAGGUUUGCUCAAGCUAUUACAGCCAAAUAUUGCUAACUUAUGGGGGAUAUUUCUAAAGGCACGAAAGGGUAUUAGUCACCCAGCUGCCAUUGAAAGUCAGUGGGAGUUGAGUGUCCUGUUUGCAUUUGUAAAACUCCCCUUAGAUGCAUAGUGACACAGUAAUUGGGUGCUAGUAAUUAAAACCAGAGCGGUUUUUAAUGUAAAGUGUAAUAGCAAAGUUUCAUAAUGUAAAUCCCUUAACUAGAGAGCAGUCCUAUACGUGCCAUUUACUUCUUAUGUUCCAAUGUCUGCUGAAAGGAAUGCUGGCCAUCUCCUCAGUACUAGCUUAAUUACGCUGUUGCUUUUUUCAGAUUGUACGUCAGGUAAAUGAGGGAGAGAGACGUGCAUAAAUAGAUUUGAUUUAAUUUUAGCUUGACUCUUUUUUCGCUGGAACGCUGGAUUGUAUAUUAAAUAGCUACAGGAGAAUGGGACAAAUUAUGUCUUUGGAAUUUCUGACUUGUAGUUUCCACCUGCCGGAGAAUCAGACAGAUGAUGUAAUCGUAAUGUUUACUGGUAUCUCUGAAGAUCCUGUUUUCUGUUAAAUGCAUUUUAAUCUGGUACAUGGCUUAGCAUUAAUGCAGCAUCAUGAUUCAGCGGAGAAAACAUCUGUGGUGAGAUCUUCUCUGUAAAAACAAAAACAUAAAACCUUGACGUCUCUUAGCUAGUCUCCAGCAAUCUGCUGGGAAGCCACGUGUCCUGUUAAGUAGUGUGCAGGUUAGCAGUGUCAGCUGUGCUGAGCUGGCAAUAAUUGCCUUGUUUGGGGGUGUUUUGCAUUUGUUGUCACAGUCCCAAUCCAAUUCCCAGUCACUGUCUUAAGGGCUUUUGUGUGUUCUGGCUGCAGCUGACUGUGGAGCAUCUGCACUGAGUUAUGCCCAGAUAGGGCCAGGGUACUUGCUGAACAGAUCUGCUAGAUCACUCAGUAGUGAAGCCCUUAGAUGGUAGGUAUCUGAGAGAAGAGGUUUCAAAAUAUAACAAUCCCUCUCACCCAACAAUGUGAUUGAGGGAAAUUAACAUCUCUGUUGCUGCUGCUAUUUCAAUGUCUGGUUUAUCCAGUUCCACAGCUGCAUAUUGGUCAUUUUAUGAAAGCUGUUGGCAAUUGAAAGGUUUACAUCCUCUUUUGGAAGGAAAGUUGAAUGCUGGAGAACACAGCAAAACACUGAAGCUGUUUCACUGUGAACAGAUCUGGCUUGCCCUGACUAAUGAGAACUUGCAGUAGCUAAUGUGAUAGUGGCAAAACUUUUAAUGAUUAGAACAAGAACCAAACACCUUUUCUGGAGCUAGCAACAACUAUCAGAGGACAGUGUUAACUAUUUUACUUCUUAAUUUUGCUUUCCUGCACUCGUUAUAAUUUACAAAUUUUUACUUUUUUAAUGUGUUGAGGGUGUUGCAUAUUUCUUUGUAGUUAAAAUAUACAGCGAGGGGUGUGAAUCAGAGGAAGACAGCUCUAUGAACUGGCUUUAGGACAAAAACUAAUCACAAACCAGAUUAUAUGGCCAAAACAUGGUACAUGCAGGAGCUGUGCAUGGGAAUAUGCCAAGGGUAGGGGUAGUCCUAGCUUCUCAAAACACUCCCUUCAAACAUUAGGAAGCUGGAGUCCAGUAAUUGCAGUCUUUGCCUUGGAGAGAGAAUGAGUUUGCAUUUUAUAAGUCACUAAUUCUGCAGGUUUCGUUUUAAAUGAGCGCUGGAUUUUGAACGUGUGCAGUGCUUGGAAAUCUAAACUAAAACCAGCUGACUCAGAAAGCUAAUUAUCUAUUUCAAAUGGUUUAGCUCUCAACUAGCAAUUUUAGAUUUGUCUGUGCAGAGAGGAGCAUUUUUCUGAGCGGGGGUGCUGGGAUUCCUCCCUCUCCAUGAAGUAGAUGUCUCCUACACUGCCUGAUUGUAAAUCAGGAGUGGGCUGCAGAGCCUGGCACAUUAGCAUAAAUCCUCUGGAAGAACUGAGAGUGCUCAUUAUGAGUUAAAGAAGGCCUCCCACUCACACAUCCACCUUACAGGCUUGUCAGGCUGGGAAGUUGCUUUAUACCUAUAAAAUCUGGCAUGCAAACUUUGUGGCUAGUGGGUGUUGGAAAGUGUCAUAGUCCCAGCAAUUCCAACUCCUGUUCAGCAGAGUAUUAGUAAAUGAAGUGAAUUUGUUUAAAAAUUCUUUUUGGAAUACAGAAUCCUCUCCAUUCUGUUGUCAGCCCUCUUAGAAUUGAACAGUUCUCAUCAUGGAAUCUGCUGUGGAAUAGAACAUAUGUAACACAUCUGCAGUACCCAGAAGUUAGAAAGGAUCCCAAUGCCAUGUGGGGGAUAGGAUGCUUGGGUCUGAGCUGUGAACCUUGCUGCUGAGUCCAGAGUUUCUUCCUCUCAUGGCUCCUAAAAUCAGAUGUGCAGAUGAGAACAAAACCAGCUGGUGAUUAUACUGAAGAAAAUGCAGAUCUUAGAAUCACAGAAAAGAGCAAUGAGUCUCAGUUGGAGAGGAGAAGGUAGUCAGUCAUCCAGCCUAAUCAUUGGCCUAAUUGUUGGAAUCUGGAAGAAAAUUAAACAGACAUAAGGAAGAUAAGCAGGUAGAAAAAUCUUUCUUUACUUGCAGAAUAGAAGAUAAAUAUAAGUAUUGUGUAUAUAUAGUAUUUAUGGGACAAAGUAUAGAGGGAGAUAGGACUCAUUUAAACAAAUCUUUCUUUACUUACUGGAUCCUAAAUAUUUAUGGCACGAGCCUUUACAAGCCUAGAUGAUACAUGGUGGGUGGGUGUGUAUAUAUAUAUAUAUACAUAUAUAUGUAUAUAUAUAAAAUACACAUCCAGAUACUGUUUGGUCAGCAUUAUAAAGCAUAGCAAUUUAAAAUACUGUAUUUCAAUCAGUUCUAAGUCAAAGGUCAGUAGAUAUUAGGGUUUUGUUUUCUUUGGGAGGGAAUUGGAAGUUGUCAUUUUUGUUUUUAUCUGAGUGGGGUCCCCAUCUUUUAUUGGAUUCCUUUAAAAGAACUGCAAAUCAAAUGCAAUAGGAAAGUACUUAUGAAGGGGAAGGUUUGAUUUCAGUAAAGUUAAAUCCAGCUGCUUCUGGCAGCUUCUCUCACAGACUGGCAGCUAAAACAACUUCAUGUAGUUUACCGAGUUUGGGGGAAAACGUGUUGGAUUUAUGUAUUUUCAGAGACAGUAUAAUAUACUGUUCUUUACAAGCUAAACUUUUCUAUCAAAAUAACUUGUGGAUUAUUUCACUGAUAUAUGCAAAUCCUAUAUUCAGCUACAGCUUUGGUGACCCAGGAACUCUGGAGAAAUUGUCCCUGUGACAUAGAAGUUUAAUUUAUUGUGCUUUUCUGUAGGUAAAGUGGAAAACUGAAGUUGGCUUUAAGUGUUUGCAAUCUGAGAAAUGAUGUGAAAAAGCAGCUCAACUAAAUGUAUAUUCUUUUCAAUCCUUUUUUGUGUGAAGGCUUUUGUCUUUGUAUCUUUGCAUUAUUUGUAAAUGAAAUGUAAUAAAGUUCAAAUGUUUUUUCGUC